AUGGCUACUACUAAUCGCACUGUAUCUUUCGUAUCACACCUUGAACUAAACCUAGAUUUAGGCAAAGUUCUUCCUCAUGCAAUGACAUUCGGGGAUGUUGAUAACGACCGAGGGAAUGAACUUGUAGUUGGGACCACAGAGGGAUAUCUUUACAUUUAUAGAGGAUACAAUGUAGCACCAUGGAAUAAAGUGACAGACCUUGGUUCCAUUACUUGUAUAAUUGUUGGUGAUAUUAUGGAAAGUGGAAAGAAUCUUGUUGCUGUGUUAAAUACAGAGGGUACAUGCUAUGUUUUCGACUUCAGCGAAAAAGUUCCAGAAAAUGAAAAUGCUAACAAAUUUUUACUUGCUCACAAACAACUUUUACAAACCAAUACAAAAAUGUUGUUACUUGGUGAUGUUGAUGGUGACGGAAGACAGGAAUUAAUAUUAUGUCAUACCGAUAGAAAAGUUUCUGCAUGCAGGUGGAACAAAGCCACGGAAAGCUUCGUCAGAUUGCAAGAAUGGAAAUUAAGACAAUCUGUAGGAAGUAUAACAUUACAUGGGUAAUCAGAUGAAGGAUAUCUCCAAAUUAUUGCUUCUCAACCUGGAUGUGCUUAUGCAACAUUACUACCUUCAUGGAAUAAUGACAAAAGCAUCGGAUCUAACAAUACACAAAAUGAGACAUUGGACUUUGAAGACAAUGUUCUAUAUCAACCUAUGUCCAGUCUUUCCAGAUCACAAAAUCCAGCCAUAUCAUGUCAAAUAGUUGGGAAUAUUUGCAAAGAUACUGGAAGUGACAAAGGAUACUUUGCCUUGUGUACCUUAGAUGGAAAUAUUAAAUUAAUAGAAGAUGAUAAAAUUCUUUGGUCUUUUCAGGUUGACCAUCAAUUAUUUGCCAUGAACAAGCUUGAUGUACUUGCUAAUGGUAAAGAAGAAGUUAUAUUAUGUGCAUGGGACGGUUUAACUUAUAUUGUUGAUCAUGACAGAAAUGUUGUCAGGUUUCAAUAUGAAGAAAAUGUUCAGGCAUUUUGUGCUGGACAAUAUGCGAUUGAAGAUUGUGAGAAUGUUGUAUGUCUUGUUUAUGCAAAUUUUCGGAACAAACUUCAUGUGUAUUAUGACAUCAGACUUCCACGAUUAAAAGCAGUUGAUUUUCUUACCGAAGCAGAAUCAGAUCCUGUGAUCAAACAACUUCUAAUCGAACUGGGUGCUAAAACAGAAGAGGAGAAAAGAGAAAUGAUUAAAUACUGCAUGUAUGCUGUUCCCAGUUUGCCAGAGGAAGAAGUAAAUUUGAGUGAAGAAAAAUUAGAACUUUUCAAGAGGAAAUCAAUGGAUUGAUGACAAUGUGGGAGACUGAUGGAAUGUUAUGCUACCUGUUUCUGAUCAAAUCGAAUACUCAAUCGAAAAUCAAUCAUCUUCACUUAGGAAGUGUAAACUCUGAUUGUGGAACCAAUUGUGCACUCCCGCACUCUAGAAUCUAAGAAGUGUAAUUUAUACGAAUAAUUCUCUAUUCAUAAGAGAGGGCUGAUUACACCACAUCAAGACCUGUGAACUGAUGUGCUGUGGGCCCUUCAAACUCACCAAAGUGGACCAAUAGAACAAUAAAGUUACUUGAGGAUUUUACAAUUGGAUUGUAGUAAUUUUUAACUGUUAUUAGUAUUGAAGGUCAAACAUGAAAAUUUGUAUUGUUGUUUCUUCGGUCAUAUUAAAGUCUACCAAUCAUUUUCAACAUAAAAAUUGAUUUUUCACAUCAAAUGAUCAUUCAAAAAAUGUUUGAGACCUCUAUUUCAUUGUUAUUCGGUACUCACGUGUUUGUACCAGGUUGGGAUUAGGCCAUAAUUUUAUUCAGAUUUUCCCUAUUUUGGUUGUCUGUCUGUGUUAGCCAAGUGAAUAGGUUUCAUAGGUUUCAGUUACUUUAAACAACUUGAUGUAAAGUAGGCGAACACAAUCAAUUACCUCCAUAUUGAUACACACACAUCUGGAGCACUGUUUUUUCAUUAUGUGUUACUAAAUUUAUAGAUCAAUUCCAUAGAAUGUGGAACGGAAUCUUUUACCCAUUGAGGUCGUUCUUCUCAUCGUUAUAUUUCUUCAUUAUACAGCUAAUCAAAUAGGUACAUUUUACAUUACAACCGAUUCAAAUUCAACUCAAGUUAGCUAAUAAAUUUCAUGAAGCUUCUGGUUCUGAUAUGUAACUACUGGUAGCUACUAUUAUUUGAAAUGACCUGGUUGCUAUGAUUGAUUUUAAAUCAGCUUCUGGCUAAGUGUCAUUUCAUAGGCGCACGUAUAUAUGACAUAUCCUACAAUUCUUUUAUAUUCGACUGGAAUUUUGCUUGUUAUUGUGGUACAUUUCCUUUCUGUGUCUAUAUAUUUGAGCAUAAUUCACCUGUUAUACGUAAUAAUGUGUUCGAUUUCAACCUAUCAAAAGUAUCAUUUAUAAUUGUUUUGUUUCAUUACUUUUUUCGAAAAAUUGAAUAUUAUGUUCUAUUUUGAAAAUAUUUUUUUAAUCAUCACAGA